AUGAAGAAGGUGUUGCUGUACACUCCUGGGGAAGGAUUCUGGUUAGUUGAAGGACAGCAACUUCAGUCAGAUUCAUGGGAGGUGAUGUUGGCUCUGGUAUCAGCUCUAAAACAGCAGUGUGACCUCUGGACCCUUUCUCAGCCACACAGAUAUGGACACAUGGUUCUUUUCAUGAACCUGCACUGUGCUGUCUUUUUGAAUAUGAUUUUAGCUUUGCUCUUGUUUCACUUACCUCUCAGGAUGGAGCACAAGGAGGACCUUCAGAAGACUACAGAGAAAAAGGAGAGAGACAACCAGACACGAGGGAGGAUCACCACCCCCAGGAUGACCCUCUGGAGGAUGAAAUUAAAGUUUCAGGAGGAGGGGGAAGAGGAGAAUGGUGGUCUGGAGGGGGGCAGAAAAAGAAAGAAGCGCCACAAGCUUAG